CCCAAGAUGGCGGCGGACUGCGGGCAGUAGCGCGGGUAGGGGAGAAGGGUUGAUGCGCUUCGGACUGGGACUGCGUGGGUCUGCCACAACACCCCUUCCCCAGCAUGAGCAACAUCUACAUCCAGGAGCCCCCCACCAACGGCAAGGUUUUGCUGAGAACUACAGCAGGAGAUAUUGAUAUAGAAUUGUGGUCUAAAGAAGCACCAAAAGCAUGUCGAAAUUUCAUCCAGCUUUGUAUGGAAGAGUAUUACAAUAAUACAAUAUUUCACAGAGUAGUGCCGGGUUUUAUAGUGCAGGGAGGUGAUCCCACUGGUACCGGCUCAGGUGGAGAUUCAAUCUACGGAGCUCCUUUCAAGGAUGAGUUCCAUUCACGAUUGCGAUUUAAUCGAAGAGGACUUGUUGCUAUGGCAAAUGCUGGACCCCAUGAUAAUGGCAGUCAGUUUUUCUUUACACUGGGUCGUGCAGAUGAACUUAAUAACAAGCACACGAUCUUUGGAAAGGUUACUGGAGAUACUAUAUAUAACAUGCUGCGGCUAGCUGAAGUGGAAGUUGACAAAGAGGAAAGACCACUCAGUCCACAUAAAAUAAGAAGUAGUGAGGUUUUGUUUAAUCCAUUUGAUGAUAUUGUUCCAAGACCAAAUAGAAAGCUGAAGAAGGACAAACCAGAAGAAGAAGAUAAGAAGCCCAAAGUAAAAGGCACAAAAAAUUUUAACUUGCUUUCGUUUGGGGAAGAAGCUGAAGAAGAAGAGGAGGAAGUCAACAGAGUUAGUCAGAACAUGAAGGGAAGGAGUAAAAGUAGUCAUGACCUACUGAAGGAUGAUCCACAUUUGAGCUCAGUUCCUGCUGUCAAAAGUGAUGCAGCAAAUGAAGAGAGUUAUUUGAGUGAGAAGGAAGAUGAAAAUGGUGAAGAUGUUGACAGUGUAGAAGGUGAAGCUGCUAGCAAUGAGAGAUUUCAAAUGAAAGAACGCAUUGCAAAAAAGUUGAAAAUGGAUACAAGUGAAACUGCUAAACUGCAACUUCAAGAGGAAGAAACUAAGAUGGAAAAGAAAAUCACCAGUCGCAGUGAGGAGCUACGGAAAGAAGCACGACAGCUGAAACGUGAACUUUUGGAGGCAAAGCAGAAAAAAGAAGAGCAAACUUUAAAACCCAAAGAAAAGGAAGAAGAGGAACCUGCACCAAAUAGUGUUGUUGAAGAAUACCGUCAGGAGAAGAGAAAAUAUGAAGACAAACGGAAGCAGCAGCCAAAGAAAGGAGUUUCCCGUGAAGAUCAGACACUGGCACUGCUGGACCGAUUUAAAUCAAAGUUAACCCAAGCAAUUGAAGAAACUCCUGAAAAUGAGGUUUCUGAAUUUGAAGUAGAUACUGAUGAAGGAUGGAUGUCACAUGUACUUCAGUUUGAAGAUAAGAGCAGAAAGGUGAAAGAUGCAAGCAUGCAGGAUGAAGACACUUUCGAGAUCUAUGAUCCACGGAAUCCUGUAACUAAGAGGAGAAGAGAAGAAAGCAAGAAGAUAAUGAGAGAAAAAAAGGAAAGGAGAUAAAAUGAAUGUAAUGCUAGCCAGAGCUGCUUUGAAAAGUGACUGCAAUAAAGCACUGGCUCUUUUGUAAGCUGUAGAUCUUAAAAAUAUUACUGGGCAAGUGUAAAAAGGAAUCUCUCAGGAUGCUAUUGUAUGGUUUUGAAUCUGAACUACCAUUUGUUUCUCAAGUUGUGCAUUAAAAUGCUCUCAGUGCAUUCAUUAUCCAAA